AUGACGAAAAUUGUUGAAUUAUGUCCUGAUAGAAAUUUGACAAAUUUAAAGUUUGAAAAAUAUCAAUUUUGUAGCGAUGAAAUCCCAAUAGACACUGAAAUAGAUUUAAAAACAGAUAUAUAUAGGUUAGAAUUAACAUCAAAUCGAGAUUCCCUUUUAGAAACACGAUUAUUUGCACUUCAUAAUCAUUUAUUUAAAAAUCCGUACGACUCAUCAUCCUGGUUUAUAGAUAAAAAUUGGAUUGUGUGGCGUUUCAGAAAGGAUGGUAUUUUGGAAAAAAUACAUAUGAUUCAUGAUUCAGAAAAGAAUGUACAAGAUAUUCUAUAUAAUCCAUCAAUUGGAUUUACUAGUAAUGACAUUGUUAUAAUUUCUGAUGGCGGGAAUUGUUUAAAAUUAUUAUUAACAAAGGACCAAGAACAUAUUAAAUCUUUCAUAUUAAACAAUGCAGAACCUGGAGUUAUAUUAGAUAUACAAUAUGUAAAUGCUACAUCUACUAUUAUGAUUGUAAUGUGUGAUAUUAGAAGUACAGGUGAAAAAAAAUUUACAAGACUCUUACUAUUAUCGUAUGUUUGGAAAAAUGUAGGAAGUGCAGAUGAAUUCUUUGAAUUUACCAACAACGAAGCUUUAAAAGUAAAUGGUUCUGUUGAAUAUGUAUAUAUAGAAAGCUGUGGUAAAUAUUUACAUUCCAUUUGUCAAGACUACAUAACAUUUGAAUGUUCAAAAGUACAACAACCCAAUGAUAAUAAAAAAGAAGCAGAGAAAAUUGAGGAAUUAAAAAUUCCAAAAUAUUGCUGGUCUCAAGAUGAAGAUUCAAUAACAGUUUGGUUUACAAUAGAUAAACAACAUAGGGAUAAAGUUAAAGUAAAUGUAAGACCAUUAGAAUUAUCAGUAACAGUGAAUAAUGAUAUAUUAAUACAAGGGCAGUGCCAACACAGAUUAGAUGAAGAUUUAACAACAUGGAAAUAUGAAGAAGACACAUUUAAGCUUGAAUUAUAUAAACAUGAAAAUGGUUUAAUGUGGAAUGAAUUAAUUAAAGGUGAUACUGGUGGGAAGUGUUUACCUAAUGAAACUUUGGCUGCUGAAAUCCAGUCCAGGUUAGCACAUUUGUGUACAGAUCAGGCAAAUAGCAAACAAGGACAACCUUGUCUGGGAUUUAAUGCUGAACAACUUGAAGAAUGUGAUCUUGAAGGAAAAGAUAAUCUCCUACAAAGAAUUGAUCUUAUUACACAGGAAAAUACUCAUUUAGCUAUGCUUGGAGCAAGCAAUCAUGUAUUGUUUACAUACAAAACAAUAUCUGGACAAGCAAUAUGUUUGAGACAUGACAAUGAUGGUUGCUUAUGGAUAACUGGCAAAGUAGAUGAGAUGAAGUGGAAUAUGAAACAUCACUAUACCUUUCCUGGUUUUGGUUAUGUUGAAGCAAGUAAAAGCAAUAAAAAAUUUUGUGUUUCUCCUGCUGAUGGUUUAUAUGUAGCUAUACUUGAGCACACAAGAUACAUAUUCCUUUAUAAAAGACCUGAAUCAAAUAUUCAAGUUGAGAAACAAUGGAUUGUAGAUUUAGGUACUGAAACUUGUCCUAUUAUGGGAGCAGUCGCCAUAAACAAAUAUUUAAUUAUACUUACUAGAAACAAAUUAUAUCGAUUAAAUAUUUGUUUUUAACAUUAGGUAUAUUCGUUUUUGUGAUGACAUACAGACAGUUCAUAUGAAUUUAACCAUUCAUGAUGUUAGAAUUAUCAAUUACUUAUAUACAAUACCACAUGUUAUUUGCAAAUGUAUACAUAUAUUUG